UAUUCGCGCCACUAUAUAUAUACGCCAUGAAAAGGUGGUCUUGCCAUCAAUUGCAAAACAAACGUUUGUAUAUCAACAUGGAGUGCUGCAGCGCUUCAGCUCUGAACCAACGUAUUUCAUUUACUCGCAACGUUAAACAAAUGUUGUUCUGAUUCCAGUUCAUUCAUUUGAUGUGAAAGAAAGAUUUUUUUUCCAACGAACAGAUUAAGUUUCGACAAACAUUCAGCAUACCAAAGGCUGUUGUGAAGGAAUUUAGUGGAAUUUUGCGCGUUCAAAAAUUAAUGAUUACUAUAAUUGAGCGAAAUUCGUUGAUUUUAAUUCCUUGUGUUUUCAUUUGGGAUGUAAAGCAUUACAUCCCUUAGAACUGAACCAAGCUUAAUCUUGCGCCAUUGAUGCUGUUUGCUUUCAGUGAAUGUGAAAAGAGUUCUAUUCAUGAUAGUUUAAUAUCCAUUCGAUAAUAAUAUAUUGUAAAGACGCAUCGAACUUGCCUAGAAAGUGGAAGCUUGAAAAGUCAGCACGUGUAUGACCUCCGUCUUUUGUCUAUCAUCAUCUAUUUAAUGCCAAAGGGAUAGAUAUCAUCGAUUACAAACAUACGAAUCAUCGAACAAUCGAAUAUAGUGAUAAACGAUUCUUCUUUUGGUUCGUUGAACCUACAAUGGUAAAUAGAGUGUUAGCGACACGGUCAUUGCUUUAUCCAUCAUUAAUUUUAUUUACUGAAGACUUAUAUCAAAACAAUAGGUGGAUACCAUAUACAAAGUCCGUUUUAUAGGCCAAAUAAAAACAAAAAAAGCGAUAUCAUUGCGGAUUAAGCAAUUAAUUCGGUUAAUGAAUGAUAACAUAGGUGAAAAUUUACCGAAAUAACGGUAUUUAAACGUAUUUUCAAGUGGAAAGUGUAAUUAUUAUUACGACGGAUUUUUUGCUGGAACUGGACCAUGUCGAAGGUGUGAUGUUGAGUACCGUACUACCGUACACGUGUGCAAAUAUCCUCACAGUAGAAAAUUGCGCGUGAAGCAAUCGGCAAACAAAGGAAAACAAAGAAUAAAUAAAUUGAAGGACAUACUUUUGUAUUUAUACACAAUAUACAGAGAGCGUGCGAUAGAAAGUGAGAUAAUUAAUUUAGCUACACUCGGCCACGCAUCAACGAAUCGCCAAUUUACGUUUGUAAUGGCCAUCGUGCUCAUUUAGCUGUUGUUUGUUGUACAAUUCAAUUACGACUGAUUGUGUCGCCGUUUAUUGGCUUUUCCAUUCAUUUCGGUACCACCGAACCAACAAAAUUCAAAUACGAAAAACUUUGCGACAACAUAAAUGGACAAAUACUCUGUACGUGCUUAAGAGAAGAACAGUUUUUUUUUUAUUCCCGAUUUGUUUUUCGUUUUCGUCACCAUCGUCGUUUGUUGUGGUGCGCCGUUAUCGCAGUGACAUGCCGUUUUCGUCUUGGAUCGAUCCGAGAAAAGCGGAGAGCAAAGCGGAGCAAAAAGAAUUGACAAAAGACAAUUCACUGGAGCUCAACAUGAAUUCAACAUCGCCUAAAUCGUCGUUGGCUAAAAUCGGCUUACAUGCCAAACCAAAGCCAUUUCGUAUUUUGAUUCUAGGAACAACCGGAGUGGGAAAGACUGCAAUGGUUGUGAGAUUUAUAACACGUCGUUUCAUCGGUGAAUAUGAUCCGAACCUGGAAAAAGUCUACUCGUUCAACACAAUCAUGGAUAAUGAGGCGGUAUUGUUUGAGAUUUUAGACGCCAAAUCAGGUCAACUCAAUGAAAGUGACAUUGCGAAUCUUGAAUCAAACAUUAGAUGGGCAGACGCUUUUAUCCUUAUGUAUUCAGUAACCGAUAAGUGCAGCUUUGAUGAAUGUAAUCGACUGAAGUUUUUGAUUAAUUAUAAUAAACGACGCAAAAAGAUUGGAUCAAAUGGCAAAGACAACAGCUGUGAUGUGCCCGUCAUGCUGGUGGCGAAUAAAAUUGAUCAAUAUGGUGAUCGAAUGGUGCUGGUGGAGGAUGGGCAAAGACGUUACCGCGAAAUUGGUUGUGUUGGGUUUCGAGAGAUCUCAGUGCGUGAAAGCAUUGAACAGGUUUGGGGUGUUUUCCAUGAUAUUUGUCAAAUGUGGCAAGUUUUCUCGAAAUGUCCAAAAUUGAAGCGGUCAACGAGUGAGGUGCAAACGAGUGCCGAAAGUAUAGCUAGCCCAGAAUCAACAAUUUGCUCCAUUUUCGAUAAUACGAUGCGAGUGGAGAAACGACGCUCAUUCCUAAUUGGCAACUGGACGGAACGCAGUCCCGACGAAUGUGAUGAGGGAAAGGGUCACGAUUCGCAUACAAACGGUAAAACAGAUGCACCAUUUCGAGAACGUGCUUCAACCGAUGGUACAAUAUUUUCACGACCACGACGAUGGCAUUAUCCGGCUCGAGUAUCGGUGGUUUCACAUCCGGCACGCAUCGAACGUCGCAUGAGCAUUUCGAUGCGUGGCAGCAACGCCAGUUACUAAACAUUAAUUCAAUCAUUUUCACUUUCUAGAUCAUAAAUGCGAAUUAUACCAUUUUAUAUAAACUACAGCAUUUUUUUUUUUUGUAAAAUUCAAGAAAAAAUCAUUGGAUGUUCCAAGGUCAUGUGAUGUAUUUUAUUCAUUGUCAAUCUGAUUGUCUUUCAAAUGCAGGAAA